AUGGCAAAGUUGGGUCCGGGAGUAACUGACGGUGACGUGGUGGUUAAAAUGUUUGGUCUGCUUGCCAAAUUGCCAGAUGCUGUACUAUUGUCUACUGAGUUGGAGGGGUCGGAUGUGGCUGCGACAGCUUCUGCUGUUCCAGGAGACGCUGUAGUUGACGAAGGUAUUCCUGCGUCCGGCAAGUCUGUUGAUCUGACACUGGCGGUUGGUCCUUCAGUUUCCGCAGUACCAGAAGGGCUCGGAUGGGACGUGGUGGAUACCGUUUCCGUCACAGUGCUUGGUGGGGAUGUGGAUGCAACAGUUUCUGCUGUUCCAGGAGGGGCUGCAGUGGACGAAGAUAUUCCUGCGUCCGGCAAGUCUGUUGAUCUGAAAUUGGGGGUUGGACCAUGA